AUGGGAGAUCAGAUCGAUAACUCUCCUUACAGGUUUAGAAUGAACAUGAAUGAGUCUGUUUACCUUUGUACUACCAAGCCUUUGAAUGAGCAUGAGGUUAAGCUUCUGAAGCAGAGAACACGCGAUCUAUAUCAAGUGAACAUGAUUUUGGAUAAUUUGCCUGUGAUGAGGUAUGCCAAGCAAAAUGGGAUUGACAUUCAAUGGACUGGGUUUCCUGUUGGGUAUACGCCACAGAAUAGUAAUGAUGAUUAUAUAAUCAAUCACCUCAAGUUCACCGUCUUGGUUCAUGAGUAUGAAGGGAGAGGUGUUGAGAUAAUUGGUACUGGGGAAGAAGGUAUGGGCAUGAUUUCUGAAUCUGAUAGGAAGAAGGCAUCUGGUUUCGAGAUUGUUGGUUUUGUGGUGGUGCCUUGCAGCGUUAAAUAUGAUCCCGAAGUGAUGACAAAGCUACAUAUGUAUGACAAUAUCUCAUCCGUGAACUGCCCCUUGGACCUUGACAAGUCUCAGAUCAUAAGGGAGCAAGAGAGGAUUUCCUUCACCUAUGAGGUUGAAUUUGUGAAAAGUGACACUAGAUGGCCAUCUCGAUGGGAUGCUUACUUGAAGAUGGAAGGAGCCCGUGUUCACUGGUUCUCAAUCCUGAACUCACUCAUGGUGAUCUUUUUCCUGGCUGGUAUUGUUUUUGUCAUCUUUUUAAGGACUGUGAGAAGGGAUUUGACAAGGUAUGAGGAAUUGGACAAAGAAGCUCAAGCACAGAUGAAUGAGGAGCUUUCUGGGUGGAAGCUUGUUGUUGGUGAUGUAUUCAGGGAACCAGAUUGCUCAAAGCUUCUUUGUGUGAUGGUUGGAGAUGGUGUUCAAAUUACAGGGAUGGCAGUGGUUACUAUUGUUUUUGCAGCCUUUGGUUUCAUGUCACCAGCUUCACGAGGAAUGCUGCUGACAGGAAUGAUUCUGCUGUAUCUUUUCCUAGGUAUUGCUGCGGGCUAUGCUGCGGUACGCUUGUGGAGAACCAUCAAAGGAACUUCAGAAGGAUGGAGGUCUGUUUCUUGGUCAGUUGCGUGCUUCUUCCCUGGAAUUGUCUUUGUUAUCCUCACAAUUUUGAAUUUCAUUCUCUGGGGAAGCCAUAGUACUGGUGCUAUUCCUAUUUCCUUGUAUUUUGUUCUUUUGGCCCUCUGGUUCUGCAUUUCGGUGCCACUCACUCUCUUGGGAGGAUUCAUGGGGACACGAGCUGAGGCAAUUCAAUACCCAGUGAGAACAAACCAGAUACCAAGAGAAAUUCCUGCACGGAAGUUGCCAUCAUGGGUGCUUGUCCUGGGUGCUGGAACCCUUCCCUUUGGGACCCUUUUCAUUGAACUGUUCUUCAUUCUCUCUAGCAUCUGGCUUGGACGAUUCUAUUACGUAUUCGGUUUCUUGCUGAUAGUUCUGCUUCUCCUGGUUAUCGUCUGUGCUGAAGUGUCCGUGGUUCUUACCUACAUGCAUCUUUGUGUGGAGGAUUGGCGGUGGUGGUGGAAGGCUUUCUUUGCUUCCGGUUCAGUUUCUAUCUUCGUGUUUCUCUACUCUAUCAAUUACUUGGUUUUUGACCUACAGAGUUUAAGUGGACCUGUGUCAGCUAUACUCUAUCUGGGGUACUCACUGAUCAUGGCAGUUGCAAUCAUGUUGUCUACUGGCACCAUUGGUUUCCUUACAUCUUUCUACUUUGUGCAUUACCUUUUCUCAUCGGUAAAGAUUGACUAA